AUGGAGGCGGAAAAGAAGACCAGCGAAACGACCACGACCACCACAACUACCGUGGGGGACGACUCCAGCGUUACCGCGAAGAAGUGGGACUUGCUGGCCGUGAAGCGCCUCCUCACCUCCGUCGAAUCCUCUCUUGACGACCACCGCCAAGCGCUGCAAACCAAUGCCUCGAUCUAUACCGUGACGCUGCUGAGCCUGCUCGAGUCGAUCGAGCUGAGUAGCGGCACCAAGACCCGCGCGCUCACGGCCUGCUUCGAGGACGCCCGUAUGCGCCCGCUCGGCACGCACCUGCUCGGCCACGCGCAGACGACCCUGCCCGAGGUGCUCAAGGCCACCAAGCUGCUCGACUCGCGGCGCGAGAUCAAGGCCCUCGAGAAGCGCAUCGAGCGGCUCAAGCGCCAGGGCACGGCCUCGUCCACGAUCCUGGGCCAGCUCCAGGCCAAGAUCAACGACUGCAGCCGCGAGGUCUCCACCGGGUCCCUCUCCGGCGCCGUCAUCAAGAAACUCAAGGGUUGGGUCAGGAGGAGGACUGCGGAGGAGCUCCAGUUCUAUGCGCUCAGCUUCCCCAAGCAACCGUGGGUCGAGUUGGCGGAUCUCCUGCACUUGAGGCCUGACGACUUCCCCAUCCCGUGGUUCCUGGACUACGUGUUCGGCACCGACCCGCCCGAGGACAGCAUCGUCACUGCCGGUCUCAAGCUGAACGAGGACAACAUCGCCGAGCUGGUGGCCAAGUGCGACAUCCCCUAUCGGUACAUCCGUAAGAAGGUCUCCCCUCGUCUGCUCCCCGAGCCCGUUCGCGUGAGCAUCGCCCAGUACACCGACCUGGACACCCUCAUCUGGUACUACGAAGAGAUCUGCUCGCCCAAGGUGAACCAGAUUAUCGACCGGAAGCUGGCCAAGGGCGAGGAGCCCAACUUUGGUUACGGCAAGCUCAUGGAGCGCCUCCUGUUCUUCCAGAAGAACGGCGUCGGCUUCUACCAGAAGCUCAUCCCCAUCGCCGAGAAGCGCCUGAGCCAGUACAACAUUCCCCUCGAGCCUCCCGUCAGUGUGGCUGGUGACGCGUCGGCGUCGAUGCAGGUCGCCAUCGAGACGGCCACGAUCAUCGCGUCGCUCAUGACCGCCCUGAUCAAGGCCGAUCUGGUCUUCUUCAACCAUAAGCCCCUGCGCCCGCCCAUCGUUCCCAAGACGAUUGACGACGUGCUGAGCGUCGCCACGUUCGUGAAGGCCAACGGUGCUACCUCGCCCGCGUCGGCCCUGUACCCCCUCUACGCGAAGAAGGAGAAGAACAAGUUCCUCAUCUUCGUCACUGACGAGGAGGAGAACUCGCCCUACAAGGGGAUGUUCUUUGCCGACCUGCUGAAGAAGUACCUGGACGAGGUCAACCCGGAGGCCAAGGUCCUCUUCAUGUCCUUCAUCGAACAGAACGAUCCGGGCAUGAUGGUCACCGAGCUCAAGUCGAAGCUCAAGCUCGACUGUCUGCAGCUCAAACUCUCCAAGAAGCGUCCCGAUCUCACCAAGCUCGACAGCUUCCUGGGCGUCCUCUCCGCCGAGGGCUCCUUCUUUGAAAGCGAGAUUACGGCCUACUCGCGCGUGUUCGAUUUCUGCGGCCUCAAGAAGUGCCUGUCGUGCAUCGGCGACAAGAAGGCCGCCGGCCGCUUCUUCAUGGUGUCGCUGUGGGCCAGCGUGCUGGUGGACAUGAUCAGGCGCGAGUUCGACCGGCAGGAGUCGCGCGAGGACGAGAUGCUCGAGGCCCUCCGUAACGUCCGCACCCUCGCCGAGAAGAGCGGCGUCGGGGAGCUCAUCGCUGAAGUCGACGACUACCUCGCCCAGCUCGCCCAGGAGGACUACAACGACAAGCGGGCCAAGAAGGAGGUGAUGCUGGCGGAGGUGCCGAAGUGGGAGGCCAAGUACAGGGACCCCAUCAACAACGCGUUCAAGCCCAAGGCCGCAGUGAACGAGGGCGUCGGCACCAUGUCCGGCUCCGCGGAGGACGACCGCCACACGGCGCUCAACCCCGAAGUCCCCAUCUACAUGUUGAGCGACGAGAUCUUGAUUUCGGUGUUCUCCAACCUGGACAUGAUGGAUCUGCGCAAUGCCGGGCAGGUGUCGCAGCUCUUCAGGCGCGUCAGCCACGACAAGACCCUCUGGCCCAUUCUCACCGGCGAACGCGGUGCCGGUGGCAAGAAGAAGCUGGACAUUGCCUUCUGUGUGGACAACACGGGCAGCAUGGGCACCUACAUCAAGAGCGCGCAGGACAACAUUCUGAAGAUCGCCGAGAAGAUCUCCAAGCUGGGCGGUGACAACGGCGGCUGCGACUUCCGCUUUGCGCUGGUGGCCUACCGCGACCACCCGCCGCAGGACAACAGCUACGUCACCAAGGUCUAUGACUUCACCGACGACUUCCCCAAGAUGAAGAAGAACGUCGACACGAUGGCGGCGUCGGGCGGCGGUGACGGCCCCGAGGAGGUGGCCUGCGCGUUCCACGACGUGCUCCACCUGCCGUGGCGCGACGACGCGACCAAGAUCUGUAUUUUCAUCACCGACGCUCCGCCCCACGGCCUGGAAUCGUCGGACGGUUUCCCCAAUGGUUGCCCCAAGGGCAGGGAUCCCAUCGUGCUCGCCCGCCAGAUGAUCCAAAAGGGCAUCGUGAUCUAUUCGGUGUCGUGCGAGCCGGCCAUCGGUUCGUUCAAGUACGCGCGGGACUUCCUCAAGGCCGUGGCCGACAUCACCGAAGGCCAGUGCAUCUCGCUCGCCAACGCGGCCCACCUGGCGGACGUGAUCACGGGCGGCGCGCAGGAGCAGCUGGCGCUGGACGAGCUGAAGCCGCAGGUGAAGGCCGAGAUGGACGCCCUGCCGGCCGACCUGUCGCAGGAGGAGGCGGUGUUCCACGUCACCUUCGCCCUCCAGAAGAAGGGCGUCAAGACCGCGCAGCUCAAGGUCGACACUGUCAGCGCCGCCGAGGCCCCCUUCGCCUCGGAAAUCGUCCGCUGCUCCACCCUCAAGGAGGCGAAGGCCAACUUGGCGCAGCUGGCCAAGACGGUGAAGAAGGCGGCCACGUCGUCUUCGUCGUCUUCGAGCGGCGAUGUGGACGUCGCGCAGGAGCUCAUCACCGCCGCCCAGGUGGCCCGCAUCAUCGCCAAGAUCAACAAGGAGGAGGGCAAAUAG